AUGAAUAUUCCAAAGAUCUGGACCGUUGUCAUUAUUCAAACAAGCUUUGGAGGCCUUAUCUACUACUCUACCAAUUCUUUCGGUUGUUUGACGCGAAAGAAACACGGAAGACUUGUUCUAGCGACAGUGAAUGCUAACACCGGGAGGGAGUUCUUGUUGGACGAUGUGGAUGAUCGCAGCGACGUUGAACUCAACAACGCCCUUGAUGCUACUGUUCAAUACAUCAGCAUCGAAUAUCUACGCCAGGAAGAAGCCGAAAAGCCACAUGUCGUGUUCAAUUUCAACUGCAUCAAUUCUCUGGAGCUACUGACCACCAACAACCAGCAGUCGAAGGGCUGUCGCGUGUCCAUGGACUGGACUGGUGAGGACGACAACGGUGAACUGAAAAUCAAGCCUCGAUCAUACAAGGGCUGUCAAACAUUCAUCCGCUUGUGUGAUUUUGGUGUUGUCAGCUGCUUUGGCGACGGCAUCACCUCGCGGGGAGUCUACCUGUCUUUUGAUGAAGAGAUUCCCCGACUUGGUAUUCCCGGCGAUCCAACUCCUUACUUUGGAUUCUUUGAUGUCAUUCACAAGGACUUCGUGCCUGUAGAUGCAGCAGCUUCCGAGGUUGGGACGGACCUCCGUGUCAGAAUCGUGGACCUGCCGAUGCACAGGGGAACGUUCCGCGACCCAGUAUUCCGCCGGAAGGAAGAGAUGUACGCUUUUGAGAUCGACGGGAUGGCGGCUCUCAGCUAUGUGAGAAAUAGCCAACAUGGCCAGCAACCAGAUGUCGGACCUCGUCGGCCAUGA